AUGAUCGCCGCCCGCGCCGCCGUCCGUUCCACCACCCAGGCCGUCGUGGCCCGCCGCGCCUUCACCACCACGCGCGUUCGCCUCUCCUCGCCCUACCACUACCCCGAGGGCCCCUACUCCAACUUGCCCUUCGACCCCCGCAAGAAGGGCUUCGCCUGGAAGUAUUGGACCUUCUGCUUCGUUGGGUUCUUUACGCCUUUCGGCAUUGCCUUCUUCCAGCUCAACCACCCCGCCAAGAACUAA